AUGGGCGAUAUCGCUGUCGAGAACCCGGCUAAUCACGUCCCGCCGCACAAAAAGGCCGCGCCCUCGACCAUACCCACCAUAGACCACUUUGAGGGCCUACCCGUCGACGGAGGGGACGACUAUGCCACGCUGAAGAAGCUCCAGCGGCAGUUGGAGUAUAUCCAGCUGCAAGAGGAAUACAUCAAGGAUGAGCAGAGGAGCCUGAAGCGCGAGCUUGUUCGAGCCCAGGAGGAGAUCAAGCGCAUCCAGAGCGUGCCCCUAGUCAUCGGCCAAUUCAUGGAAGCCAUCGAUCAAAACACUGGCAUCGUGCAAUCCAGCACCGGUUCCAACUAUGUCGUCCGCAUCCUGUCAACGCUCGACCGCGAGAAGCUCAAGCCCUCGUCCUCGGUCGCCCUCCACCGACACUCCAAUGCCCUUGUCGACAUCCUCCCCCCCGAAGCCGACUCCUCCAUUGCCAUGCUCGGCGCCGACGAGAAGCCCGACGUGACGUACGCCGACGUCGGUGGCCUUGACAUGCAGAAGCAGGAGAUUCGCGAGGCCGUCGAACUGCCCCUGACGCACUUUGACCUAUACAAGCAGAUUGGCAUUGACCCCCCGCGCGGCGUCCUGCUCUACGGCCCCCCCGGAACGGGCAAGACGAUGCUCGUAAAGGCCGUUGCAAACUCGACAACGGCCAGCUUCAUCCGCGUCGUGGGCUCCGAAUUUGUGCAAAAGUAUCUCGGCGAGGGCCCGCGCAUGGUGCGUGACGUGUUCCGCAUGGCCCGCGAAAACUCCCCCGCCAUCAUCUUCAUCGACGAGAUCGACGCCAUUGCCACCAAGCGCUUCGACGCGCAAACCGGCGCCGACCGCGAGGUCCAGCGCAUCCUGCUCGAGCUGCUCAACCAGAUGGACGGCUUCGACCAGACGUCCAACGUCAAGGUCAUCAUGGCCACCAACCGCGCCGACACGCUGGACCCGGCCCUGCUACGUCCGGGGCGCCUGGACCGCAAGAUUGAGUUUCCCUCGCUGCGCGACCGCCGCGAGCGCCGCCUCAUCUUCUCCACCAUUGCCAGCAAGAUGAGCCUCGCGCCCGAGGUCGACCUCGACAGCCUCAUUGUCCGCAACGACCCCCUGUCGGGCGCCAUCAUCGCCGCCAUCAUGCAGGAGGCCGGCCUGCGCGCCGUCCGCAAGAACAGGUACAACAUCAUCCAGAGCGACCUGGAGGAUGCCUACUCGAGCCAGGUCAAGGGCACCAGCGACGACAACAAGUUUGACUUUUACAAGUGA